AUGUACAUCUUUAUGAUUGGUCAUGUUGAUGCCGGAAAAUCAACAUUGAGUGGACAUUUAAUUUAUAAAUGUGGUGGAGUUGACAAGCGAACAAUGGAGCAGUAUGAACAGCAAUCCGCUCAAAUAGGGAAAGGGAACUUUGCUUGGGUGAUGGACAAUCUCAAGUCGGAGCGUGAGCGUGGUAUCACUAUCGAUUGCUCUCUCAUGAGAUUCGACAUUGACCGAUACGAUGUAACGAUCAUUGAUGCUCCAGGCCACAAGGAUUUCAUCAAGAACAUGAUCACCGGAUCGUCACAAGCCGACUGUGCAGUAUUGGUUGUCUCCUCGGUCAAGGGUGAGUUUGAAGCCGGUAUCGAUCGUAAGGGUUCGACUCGUGAGCAUGCUCUCUUGGCCUACACACUCGGUCCGACAAUUGAUUUUCGCAGUCAACAAGAUGGACGACGAAAAGACAACCAACUACUCAGAGUCACGUUUCAAUGA